AUGAAGAUUGAAGAAUUUGUAGAUCCUUUCCUGGGUAAAACCUGGGGUGAACUGGGCGCGCGCAUACUGACCAGCGGCAAUCGGAUUUCGGCGACGCUGGGUUACCCGGCAGCCGGCAUGGUUGAAGAGUUGACCGCGGCACUGCGUGAAUUUCUGGGCAGUGAUGACGUUGAGUUGGAACUGCACUUCCAGGCACCAAAAGGCCGCGGUUUUGAACAUGUGAAACACAUCAUUGCGGUGGCUUCAGGAAAGGGGGGUGUGGGUAAAUCGACAACAGCGGUCAAUCUGGCACUUGCCCUGGACGCCGAAGGCGCAAAAGUCGGCCUGCUGGAUGCGGACAUUUAUGGUCCAAGCCAGGGCAUGAUGCUUGGCGUGGCUGACGGCAGUCGUCCAACCAUUAAAGACGGGAAAUAUUUCGAGCCGAUUCGCGCACACGGUAUCAAAGCCAUGUCGAUGAGCUUUAUGGUCACCGAUAACACGCCGAUGGUCUGGCGAGGGCCCAUGGCAUCCGGCGCCUUACAACAGAUCCUGUUGCAGACGUUAUGGGAAGAUCUGGAUUAUCUGAUUGUGGACAUGCCGCCGGGUACCGGUGAUAUCCAGCUGACCCUGUCACAGAAAGUGCCGGUUGCCGGUGCGGUGAUUGUGACCACUCCUCAGGAUAUCGCCUUGCUCGACGCCACCAAAGGUAUCGAAAUGUUUGCCAAAGUCGAUAUUCCAGUACUGGGCAUUAUCGAAAAUAUGAGUGUGCAUCAAUGCCCCGAAUGUGGUCACGUCAGUCACCUGUUUGGUGAAGGUGGCGGGGCGCGGGUAGCGUCGCAGCUGGGUGUGCCCCUGCUGGCGGAGUUACCGCUGGCGCUGUCGAUACGUGAACAGGCCGAUGGCGGUAAGCCAACGGUCCGUGCGGAACCCGAUUCUGCCAUCAGUGCAACCUAUCGCCGUGCAGCCAGACAUAUGGCAGCGCGCCUCUGGCAAGGUGAGCAGGCUGCUCCCACCAUCACAAUGGUGCGUGAGUCGGGCGGUAAAAAACUGAUCUCAUACGGCACUUCCAGUUACGGCUACGACGUACGCUGUGCACCUCAGUUUAAGGUGUUUACCAAUAUUCACUCUGCCACGGUAGACCCGAAAGCUUUUGAUGAGAAAAGCUUUGUCGAUAUUGAAGGUGAUGUCUGCAUUAUUCCGCCCAACUCAUUUGCAUUAGCCAGCACGGUGGAAUAUUUCCGCAUUCCUGAGGACGUGUUGACCAUCUGCCUGGGGAAAUCCACCUACGCGCGCUGUGGCAUUAUUGUCAACGUCACACCGUUGGAGCCCGAGUGGGAAGGGCAUGUGACGCUGGAGUUUUCUAACACCACCACUUUGCCCGCUAAAAUUUACGCCAAUGAAGGGGUGGCGCAGAUGUUGUUCUUCCAGUCCGAUGAGCGUUGUCAGGUGACUUACAAGGCAUCAGCGGAUCAGUAUCUGACCCGCCGCGGGUGUAUGUUCGGCACUGACAAUGGCGCCGAUUACGACGGGCACGUUUUCGUAAAAACCGCCCCCGGUGAUGUGCACCAUGGCGUGUGGACUGAUUACCUGCAGGGUUGCCAGUACGGAUUUGACGUAAAUACGGGUGGGUGCAAGCAGGUCAUCGAGCAGGUCUACAUUGGGUUCUACCCCAAGAUUGGAUAUCACUUUGCGGAUCAGCGAGUAACCGUUGCUGUGCGCGCCGGAACUGGGCAGUCCUAUGAUGACGUCAUCAAUGUCCAGCUUAUCGCCGGAGACGAUCCUGGUCUUCUCGGCCACGCCUACACAGAAGCCCGCCAGGUCGUAUUCACCUUCCGCGUAGAAAUCCUGACCCACGGUUUCAUGUCGGUUGUGAUCAAUGGCCAGUUUGAGUUUUGUGCCGACCCCAUCGGCGGGCGCAAUCCGCCGAAUCAGUUCCGCGCCCGCUUCGAUAUCGACGCCGGCGUCUUUGCGUUGCGUGAUGCUGAUUGGCUAUAUGCCGUGGAUCGACCCGUUGCUGCACAGAGUAACGAAGAGCGGGAUCGAGUCGCCCAGGAAGGGUUGUUGGUGGUGUUGUCCCGUCUGACAGGUCUGGUCUCGGUUCCACGCACACCGGCCAUCGCUGCAGCGCUUGAGCAGCCGCAGAACUACUACAAUCGGUUUGUAUUUUUUACUACCCGGGAAGCCAGUGGCGAGCCGCAAACGCAUAUACGGAUCACUUUCCAAUCGAAUGUCAUGCUGCAACUGGUCAAAGCGGCAAAUCUGCCGGUGUGGUGGUCGAAGCGGCCUAAUGUACUGGCCUGGCUGGUGGUUGAUGACGGUUCCAGCCGGGAAAUCCUUGCCAGUUCCAGCCCGCAUCCGCUGGUGGCGGAGUUACGCAAAUACGCCGCUGACCGUGGCGUAACGCUCACUCUGCCGCUGCUUGAUCUCGACGAUUCGCUGGCGGUGAGUCCGGCAGAUGUCUGGGGUAAGGUCACCGCGUCGCUGGAGCAGGCGGCCGAGCGUUAUGAUGCUGAUCUGGUGCUGGUUGGACGGCUGAGUCAGGAUCAGACGUUUGAUGGUGAAAUCUAUCGUGGUGACUGGGAAAUCUGGCUGGAAGGACAGCCCCUGGCAACCAAUUUCACUACCCCUGAUCUGGCAGAGGCUGUGCGUGGUGGCAUUGAUAUGCUCACCGAACGUCUGGCGGAAAAGUAUGCGGUAUUACCCCGUGCUCAGCGCGCUCAGCGAAUCUAUAUCAGCGGCCUGUCAGAUGUGUUGGGUUAUGCCGAGCUGAUGACGUAUCUCAACAGUUUAGAGUUUGUCGACGGGCUGGAUGUUGAAGCCAUAGAUGAUCGUCGUUUGAGUCUGUCUCUGGUCAGUCGCGCCGAACCUGAGCAGCUGCUGGCGCUGCUCACAGCACAAGGCAAGCUGCGUGAAGAUCUGUUGGCGCGCGGGUUUGAGAUGCAGCUCAUCUGGCAGGGUUAG